UAAAAAUUCGCCAAACGUUCAUUCCAGGCACCCCAGAGAUAAGGACAAAUCAAGAAUGAUGGACCGUCAGAAGUGUAUGAGAGAACGGAGGAGAAAUCCAGUCCAUCUUUUUCCUUCCGCGCAUUUCAGUUCCUCGAAGCUCCGUGUUUUGGCCCCGAUCCGUACUUCAAGUUAAGCUGUAGUUUCCAUGGCUGACCAUGGUUUGGUGCUGUUGGCUCUCUCUGUCUGCUCAACCCAGGCUGUGCGGAGCUCCCUGCGGGAUCAGAGCGCUCCCCCGCCGGGACCCUACUCUCACAUCCUCCUGCUGGGACACGGCUACAUUUCCAGCCAAGCCUGGCUUUAUUAUGUGUGUCUGCGCCGCAGCCCCGCCAGCAGUCAGAUCGGGAGGCGGAGGGAAGACCAGAGUCAGGACAAAGAAAAAGGGAGAGAGAGGCUAGCGACCGCAAACAUUUACGGGUUUUAGUUAUUGAAAAGGGGGAUACAUACAAAUAUAAAAUCCCCAAGGGUGAAAAUGCAAGGUAAAACAGCACUGAGAGUGCCACCUUCUGAAAAAUAACCGACGGGGGAGGGCGGUUCGGUGUGGGUAGCCUUGGUACAAGGCGAAAAAAUACUUUGUUCCGAUAACUGCACAAACAGAACCUCUAGAGAAGACUGCGUGGGAAAAGAAGAAAUAUCACAAGCUCGCUCGGAGAGAAUCGUUUAAUUGUUUAAUUAAAGCAAUCACAUUAUUGGGACGAACUGGCACCUCUCUCACGUCCGAUCAGGUGUUAGAGUAUUGCUGUAUUAGCAGCAGCCGCGUCUGGAAACUCCGACGGUGCACUGGUGAAGCCGCUCCGCGAGCGUCUUCAACGGCAAAGGAACAAAAGACGGUCUCGGUAGAGUCAUCGAAAACCACAAGUUCAUUAAAUUCUACAGGUUCCAGCCGCUGCUGAAGUUACAUUGCUGGAAUAUCCGGAUGCUGCGUCUCUCCAUUGCUCACGACAAACCUCUUCCUCCAAGUGCCACAGGACUAUAACACGGACCGAAGUUGCCGCAUUGCAACAGGCAAAGUAAAAAAGACCAGCGAACUAUCCAUUCACAGCUUAUGGUUGUUUAACACGAAAGGACAAAAGAUCGAUACAAGAAGAUAAAAUAGACCAACUAGGAGGAGAUGUCCAGGCGAAAGCAGGCCAAACCGCGCUCCGUGAAAGCGGUCGAGGAGGGUGAGACGUCGACGGAGUUUGCGGGCAGCUGGGACUCCUCGUCGGUCCAAACAGAUGUUCCUGCUCAGGAGAAGGAGGCGGAUUCCAAGGAGGGGCGCGGGGCGGUGGAGGACGGGGAACAGAGCGUGACCAGCCAUGAUGAUCACAUCGGUGACGACGACCUCGACGACGAGUCCAUCUUCACCUGUGACAACUGCCAGCAGGACUUUGAGUGCCUGGCUGAGUUGACCGAGCAUCGCACCAACCAUUGCCCUGCAGAUGGCGACGAUGACCCCGGGCUCUCCUGGGUGCCCUCCUCCCCCUCCAGCAAAGACGUGGCGUCGCCCUCGCAGAUGCUGGGCGACGGCUGCUGCGACCUGGGCAUGGGCACGUGCGGCGAAGAGGAGGGCGGCUCGGGCCUUCCGUACCCGUGCCAGUUCUGCGACAAGUCCUUCAGCCGCCUGAGCUACCUGAAGCGGCACGAGCAGAUCCACAGCGACAAGCUGCCCUUCAAGUGCACCUUCUGCAGCCGCCUCUUCAAGCACAAGCGCAGCCGCGACCGCCACGUCAAGCUGCACACCGGCGACAAGAAGUACAGCUGCCAGGAGUGCGAGGCGGCCUUCUCGCGCAGCGACCACCUCAAGAUCCACCUGAAGACGCACAGCUCCAGCAAGCCGUUCAAGUGCAGCGUCUGCAAGCGCGGCUUCUCCUCCACCUCCUCGCUGCAGAGCCACAUGCAGGCGCACCGCAAGAACAAGGAGCACAAGGACCUGAAGGACCAGAGCGGCAGGAAGGCCGGCGGGUCGGCCGGCUCGGGGGGUUCGGACGGCGGCGCGGACUGCGAUCAGGACCUCUACAUGUGCGACUACUGCGAGGAGACGUUCAGCCAGACGGACGAGCUGGAGAAGCACGUGGUGACGCGGCACCCGCAGCUGUCGGACCGCGCCGACCUGCAGUGCAUCCACUGCCCGGAGAUCUUCGGUGACGAGGGCACGCUGCUGGCGCACAUCGACCGCCAACAUGCCAACCGCAAGCACAAGUGCCCCGUGUGCUCCGAGCACUUCUCCUCCGUGGAGGACGUCUACUGCCACCUGGACAGCCACCGGCAGCCCGACUCCAGCAUCCACAGCGUCAGCCCCGACCCCAUGCUGGGCAGCGUGGCCUCCAUGAGCAGCGCCACGCCCGACUCCAGCGCCUCCCUGGAGCGCGGCUCCACCCCGGACUCCACCCUCAAGCCCGCGCCCAGCCGUCGCAAGCUGGCGCCUUCCUCGGACCCCGACGACGUCGUCGGGUGGUUGUCCACGGCGGCGGGCAAGGUGACCUACAGCUGCCCGUACUGCUCCAAGCGUGACUUCAACAGCCUGGCGGUGCUGGAGAUCCACCUGAAGACCAUCCACGCCGACAAGCCGCAGCAGAGCCACACGUGCCAGCUGUGCCUGGACACGCUGCCCACGCUCUACAACCUCAACGAGCACAUGCGCAAAGCCCACCGGGGCAGCGGGGGCAGCAUGGCGGCCGCUGCAGCCGCCGUCGCCGCCGCCUCCACUCUCCCGCUCCUGCAGUUCAGCAACGUCACCGCCUUCCACUGCAACUACUGCCCGGACAUGUUCGCCGACAUCAACUCGCUGCAGGAGCACAUCCGCGUGUCGCACUGCCUGCCGGGGGGCAUGAUGGCCGGCUCCACCACGCUCGAGGGCAACCACGCCUUCUUCUGCAACCAGUGCUCCAUGGGCUUUCUCACCGAGUCCUCGCUGACCGAGCACAUCCAGCAGACGCACUGCAACAACGCGGGCGGAGGCGGCGGCGGUGUGGCCAAGAUGGAGUCGCCCGUGCUGCAGCCGUCGCAGUCCUUCAUGGAGGUGUACUCGUGUCCCUACUGCACUAACUCCCCCAUCUUCGGCUCCCUGCUCAAGCUCACCAAGCACAUCAAGGAGAACCACAAGAACAUCCCGCUGGCCAACAACAAGCGCAAGGUGAAGGUGGCCGAGCUGAGCCCGGCCUCGUCCGACGUGGAGAUCUCCUCGCCCAAGCGUCACAGGGCGGCCGGCGACUCCACCCCGGCCAGCGCCAACGGCGACUACCCCUGCAAUCAGUGCGACCUGCGCUUCGCCAGCUUCGAGGGCUUCCAGGCGCACCUCAAGUCCCACCUGGAGCUGCUGCUGCGCCGGCAGUCCUGCCCCCAGUGCAACAAAGAGGACUUCGAAUCCCAGGAGGCCCUUCUGCAGCACCUGACCGUGCACUACACCACCACCUCCACGCAGUAUGUGUGCGAGAGCUGCGACAAGCAGUUCUCCUCGGUGGACGACCUGCAGAAGCACCUGCUGGACAUGCACACCUUCGUGCUGUACCACUGCACGCUGUGCCAGGAGGUCUUCGACUCCAAGGUGUCCAUCCAGGUGCACCUGGCCGUCAAGCACAGCAACGAGAAGAAGAUGUUCCGCUGCACGGCCUGCGCCUGGGACUUCCGCAAGGAGGCGGACCUGCAGCUGCACGUCAAGCACAGCCACCUGGGACACGCCAGCAACGUGCCCAGCAACACCGUGGGCGGCAAGGCCCGCAAGUGCAUCUUCUGCGGCGAGACCUUCUGCACCGAGGUGGAGCUGCAGUGCCACAUCACCACGCACAGCAAGAAGUACAACUGCCGCUUCUGCGGCAAGGCCUUCCACGCCAUCGUGCUUCUCGAGAGGCACUUGCGCGAGAAGCACUGCGUCUUCGAGAGCGCUCACGGCAACGGCAGCAGCCAGAACGGCACGCCCAACGGCGUGUCGCAGAGCUCUAAGCGAGGAGGAGGAGGAGGAGGAGGGUCGGGCGGAGGAGGAGGAGGAGGAGGAGGAGGCGCGAGCGGGACGACCGUGGCGGCAGAGCAGGCCGACCUGCAGAACAUGCUGCUGAAGCAGCCGGACACGGUCAACAGCCACGAGGCCAGCGGCGGAGAGGACGAGCUGGACGCCUCGGAGCCCAUGUACGCCUGCGACAUCUGCGGCGCCGCCUACACCAUGGAGGCGCUGCUGCAGAACCACCGGCUGCGCGACCACAACAUCCGGCCCGGCGACGACGACGCCGGCUCGCGCAAGAAGAAGGCCGACUUCAUCAAGGGCAGCCACAAGUGCAACGUGUGCUCGCGCACCUUCUUCUCGGAGAGCGGCCUGCGCGAGCACGCCCAGACGCACCGCGGCCCCGCCAAGCACUACAUGUGCCCCAUCUGCGGCGAGCGCUUCCCCUCGCUGCUCACGCUCACCGAGCACAAGGUCACCCACAGCAAGAGCCUGGACACGGGCACCUGCCGCAUCUGCAAGAUGCCGCUGCAGAGCGAGGAGGAGUUCAUCGAGCACUGCCAGAUGCACCCGGACCUGCGCAACUCGCUCACAGGCUUCCGCUGCGUGGUCUGCAUGCAGACGGUCACCUCCACGCUGGAGCUCAAGAUCCACGGCACCUUCCACAUGCAGAAGCUCUCCUCGUCUGGGAGUUUAGGUGGCACUGGCAACACUACCGGCACCGGUGGCGGUAUGGGCGCUGGAAUGGUUGGUGGUGGUGGUGGUGGUGGUGGAUCGGCGUCGUCCUCCCCCAACGGCCAUCUGGGCGCGCACAAGCUCUACAAGUGCGCGCUGUGCCUGAAGGAGUUCAAGAACAAGCAGGACCUGGUCAAGCUGGACGUCAACGGCCUGCCCUUCGGCCUGUGCGGCGCGUGCAUGAGCCGCGGCACCAACGGGCAGUCGCCCAGCGGCAUCGGCGGCAGCAGCACGCCUCAGGACCCGGCAGACAAGGCGGCCGCCACAGGCCUGCGCUGCCCGGAGUGCGCCGUGAAGUUUGAGAGCAUGGAGGACCUGGAGACUCACAUGCAGGUGGAUCACCCCAGGAUGAGCCCCGAGACCAGCGGGGCCAAGAAGGUGACCGACGCCUCGCCCAUCCCCAAAAAGAAGACGUAUCAGUGCAUCAAAUGCCAGAUGACCUUCGAGACGGAACGUGAGAUCCAGAUUCACGUCGCCAAUCACAUGAUCGAAGAGCCAGCUCAGCUGCAAGAAGAGGGCAUCAACCACGAGUGCAAGCUGUGUAACCAGAUGUUUGACUCUCCGGCCAAGCUCCUGUGCCACCUGAUCGAGCACAGCUUUGAGGGCAUGGGUGGCACCUUCAAGUGCCCCGUCUGCUUCACAGUGUUCGUCCAGGCCAAUAAGCUGCAGCAGCACAUCUUCGCUGUCCACGGGCAGGAAGACAAGAUCUACGACUGCUCCCAGUGUCCGCAGAAGUUCUUCUUCCAGACAGAGCUUCAGAACCACACACUGAGCCAGCACGCGCAGUGAGACCGGGCCCGGCAGGACUCCCGGCUCAGCCCGGAUCCCCGACCCACGCCCAGUGGGGGAGGACCAUUUCAACAUCACAGCCAAUCAAAGUGUCAUUUGCUACUCACAUGUAAAACUCUAACGAUUCCACCACCAGGCGCAGCUAUUACGAGCAGUGGGGAAUGAAUAUUAAUGGGAUAUGCUAUUAAAAAGGAAAACGGAGGGAGAGAGAAAGAAAAAGAGGAGAGAGAGAGAAGAGGGAAUAAAGGAGUUGGAGUGAGAGAAAGGUAUUCUACGUGCAGUAUUUUUUAUCGUCCCUGCUUCCCACUUGUGAAGGUUUUUUUUUCUUCUUUUCCUAUUUUUUGGAACGAAAGAAAAAAUGAAGGAAAAAAAAACCUUGUCUGAUUUUAGUCUCUAGAAAAUGUUUCACUUCUCUUGUCCUCUGUUGCUUUCCGUAUCCAACUUUAGAGCCUGUUUUCCUUCCUCCUUUUUUUUAUUUUUGUCCUUUUAUGUUUUUUGUUUUUUUUUGUUCUUUUUUUUUCUUUCUCUGUCCAUGGUUUUCUGUACCUUGAUUUGCAUUAGGUACUUGUGCUGUGUUGUGAUUGCUUGCCGGUCGUAAUAUUUUAUUUUUUUCCUUUUUAUCUUUAUUGUUAAAUAUUUUCUUUUUCUAAUUACAAUUUUAAAAAGGCAAAAAAACAAAUAAAGUUACAAAAAAAAAAUACAAAUGUAAUGGUUUUGAUUGGAGUUUAUGGGCCUUAUGGUUGUUGUAAAAAAUGAAUAUCAUCACUUUCAGUGCAACUGGAUGAUGUCUGCUUUUUAAAUGUGAAUUAACCAGAUUGCAAUAACUAGUACCGUUGAAAAAGAAACCAAUAAACAAAAACAUGAAUAAAGGGAA